AAGAGGAAGUAGCUCACAACCUGUGAAGGGGCUACUUUCUGCUUGCUUGCCUUGGCUGUGUUAAUGAAUAUGUGAAAUGUUUGUGUUGACUUCCUCGUUAGUCUGUCUAACUGCAGAACUUCCUUAGUGAAUUCAUUACUAUAGAAAGACCUAAAUGAAAGCAGAAAUGCAGCCUAUACCGGAAGACGUAAAGACCCUCAUAACAGAUUUGGAAAAGUUUAUAUCAGAUGUGCUGAAAGGAGAAAACCUAAGCAAGAAAACAAAAGAGAAGAAAGAUGCCCUUCUCAAGAAAAUCAAGGAUGUGAAGUCAAGUUAUCCCCAAGACUUCCAAGAAAAAUCUGAUUCAGUGGACUCGGAUAACUAUGAAGACCUGGAAAACGAUACUGUUUCUAUGACAUCAGAAAGAAACGAUAAAGAUGAAGAAUCUCCCUAUGAUACAGCACACCAGUCACCUCCAGUGUCAGCCCAAGAUCUGCAAUCAGUUUUUAAAGCAGGAUACCUAGAAAAGCGCAGAAAAGAUCACAGCUUCUUUGGACCUGAAUGGCAAAAGCGUUGGUGUGCUUUAAGCAACCACACCUUCUAUUAUUUUGGAAGUGACAAAGACAAGCAGCAGAAAGGUGAAUUUGCUAUAGAUGGAUACACAGUCAGGAUGAAUAAUACACUCAGAAAAGAUUCGAAGAAAGAUUGGUGUUUUGAAAUCGUUGCUCCUGAGAAACGCAUCUAUCAGUUUACUGCAGCCUCUCAGAAAGAUGCAGAAGAAUGGGUAGAGCAAAUACAAUUUGUACUGAGAGACAUGGCAUCUGGCAUUAUUCCGGAAGAUGAUGAUGGACAGACCUAUGAUGACGUUGCUUUGAAUGAGGAACCUGGAGCCAUUGAGCCCAUAGAUGAAGACAUUUAUGAAGAACUUCCAGAUGAAGACCUUCCUAAUGCUCCUCAAAAACAGCCAGAGAAAGUGAGCAAACCCAGUGGCAGCAACCUGACAGUUAAUAAAAGCACGGAUUACAGCAAUUACUAUCAGGGGCUGUGGGACUGUGUAGGAAGUCAACCCGAUGAGCUAUCUUUCAAACGUGGGGAUGCCGUGUACAUUCUGAGCAAGGAGUAUCAGAAUUUUGGCUGGUGGAUUGGAGAAAUAAAAGGAAGUAUUGGCAUAGUGCCAAAGACAUACUUAAUGGAGAUGUAUAAUCUUUAAGAGGCUCAGAGAUCAUCUACAAUCAAGUAACUCGUGUGUUAUUGACCAGUCAAAUGAUGCCAUUACUUGUAACUGCAUUUGAAUCUGCUUUGUAAGCUUGCCUUAACAUUUACCCUAUAUAUAAUAUGAAAAUAUUUCCAAAAAGAGCAGUAUUUAAUACUAGAAAUUGCAACAGUUUUUCUAUCUGUAACAGUACACUAUACCCUUUUAAAAUGCAUUAACAGUUACUAAAAGCAAGCCACCAUAACUUCUCAAUCUUAAGUACACCUAUAUGCUACAACAGUACAAAUAUUGAAGACAUACAAAUACAGUGGUGUGUUAUACGGGUUGAAUUUUACAGUCUGGGCAAAUUGCCCACUCCAUGUAUGAUAUUGGAACAAAGUUAAACCAAGCCAUAUGUGUUUAAAUAUUACCAUAAUUUAUUUAUAAUUGUUGAUUUUUAAAAACAUUUUUUAAUUUAAAUUACUUGGAUAAAAAAAAAAAAAAAUCAGAUUCUAAGCAGCUUUUGUAUUGAGUGAACUGUAUCAGCAAUGUUAGUAAAAUAGCUUUUAAUAUUUAUAUUUUAAGCAGCGUAAUGUAUUUCUGUGCUAAAAAUAUGUAAUAGGAAAAAAUGAAUUUUUAGAAAAUACAUAAAAACGAACACAAGGUGGCAGCAGAGACCACGCACAGCUGGUGUAAUCCCCCCACUCUCGGUUAUAAUUCUGCCUCAUUAUUGUAAAUUUAUAGUUUUUUUUUAAUCUAUUUUAUUAUUAUUGAUUCAGGAGAGGGGCUCCCUUCUUGCAAAAAUACGUAAUUAAAACUUUUCAAAACUAUUUUUGCAAUGAAACAAGACAUCGGUUGACCCCUUUCUUCCAUUCUUUGUCAUGUUGUAAUUUGUCCCUUCGCUAGCCAAGCCAAAUUGAAAGAAAACCUACCAUUUUAGUACAGUAAUAUCCCUCUUUCAGGUUUGAUACCUGGAUCCUUCAACCAGUGUGUGCUUGAUUUUGCUUUUUUGUUUUGCAUCCCUCCAUUUAAUUUAUUCAGAUAGCCACACAACCCAAUAAAUGCCAUAACAACAUACAGUAUGUACGAUUACAUUUGCUA